AUGGUCUUCUCAUCCAAGAUAUCCAUCACUGGUUUAGGCGCUCCAUCACUCACAGAAAUACCAAUCAACCGAUGGACGACAGAGAAUGUAAAACAAUGGCUUUCGGAAGAAGGUCUCGAUAAGAAAAAGAAUGUUACAGGUGCCAUGCUCAUCGAUCAAAGUCAAAGUGAUUUGUCGACACUUGGCGUGCCUGACAAGUAUUGUGAAGCAGUUUAUCAUAAAAUCCAACAAGUUAAACAUCGACAAGUAAAAUCAGGAAUUUUACUUCCACCAGAAAGUGGCAUGACCAUUGUACAGAAACCAACAUCUUCAGAAUCAAACUUUGGAGAUCGAUUGACCAUUUCAGGAGCAAGUACUGAAAUAAUUAUCACACCAUCAUCGUCAGCUCAAGAAGUUUAUGAUGAUGAAGGAGUAGCCAAGACACCUCCUAGAAAGACAACCACCACCAGUAGUGCCAUUAAUAUUAAUAGACAAGGGAUGGCAGGAGGAGAUGAACAAUUGGUGGAUAAUACAUAUUUUAAGAAGAGUACAUUUGAUGAAAUUCAUUCAUUUUUGCAAGAACAUGAUAGAGCAAGGGAGAUGGAACCACUUACACCUGAAAAGAAAAAACCGAUUGAUGUGGUGUUUGAUGAGACCAAGUUUAAAAAGGAAUAUUUGAUUAGUGACUCGGAUUUAAAGCAAUUGACGUUUGGCAAGGACCAAACAGUUCAAGAAAUGGAGAAUGAACAAAAAUUUAUUCUGGAUUUGGAAACUGGAUUGUUAGUGUUGAAAGCUAGUAAGAAGGAAAGAUGUAAAGAUAUUCCAUUGUGGACGAAUGAGUUUUCUGAAAAGCAAACCGAAAUGUUUGCAUUCUGCCAUAAAAAGUUGGAAUUUUUAAUCCCAAGAAUUGGAGAGGAUAAAGUGACAACCAUUGUUCAAGAUUUGAUAUUCCCUGAAAGAUUCAGAUACAAGUACCUGAAUCCUCUUAAAAUGCAAAAAGCAAAGAGAGGAUCAAUCUUUGGAGAAGAUCCAUGCACUCUGAAAGUGAAAUUGGUGAUUGCAGAAAUUAGUGAUGGAACUGUUCAUGCAAGAGUGAGAAAAUUUGGUGGUGCUCAUGCAGAUCCAGCUCGUCAAUAUGGAGUUGUAAGUCUUUCUAAUUUGUUUUUAUUUGAAAAAUGA